GCUCAUAAAUUCACAGUUUCGCUAUACGCACGCGACCCGGCAGGCAGUAGAGGAUUCUGGAAGUUGCAAGUUUGCAGCCAGUAGUUUCGAGGGGUCGUUGGAGAGAGAGAGAGAGAGAGAGGGAUGUCGUACUUGCUGCCGCACCUGCACUCGGGAUGGGCGGUGGAUCAGGCGAUCCUAGCCGAAGAAGAACGCCUCGUCAUCAUCCGAUUCGGCCACGAUUGGGACGAAACUUGCAUGCAGAUGGACGAGGUCCUGGCUUCAGUUGCUGAGACAAUAAAAAAUUUUGCGGUCAUAUACCUGGUGGACAUCACAGAGGUGCCCGACUUCAAUACGAUGUAUGAGCUGUAUGACCCAUCAACCAUAAUGUUCUUUUUCAGGAACAAACACAUAAUGAUUGAUCUUGGCACUGGAAACAACAACAAGAUCAACUGGGCAAUGAAGGACAAGCAGGAGUUCAUUGACAUCGUUGAGACAGUGUACCGUGGGGCCAGAAAGGGUCGCGGGCUGGUUAUUGCACCCAAAGACUAUUCUACUAAGUACCGUUAUUGAGCGAAGCUCUUGGGUUAUUUGCUGUUUCAUUUGAAACUGUAUAAUCAAGCAAAAUCGUGUUUGCGUAUUAUGCUUUGAAAAUCUAAUCAUGGUUCAGAAUGUGAGGUUUAUGCAACAAGUAUUAUGUUGGACUGUUUACUUUUUCAUGUGAUUCUGGGCGUGGACCGAACUCUAGCAAUCUGAAGCAUGUUUGUGUCAA